AUCUCGCUACUUAUAUAUUUAUGUAAGUUUUCAUCUUUGAAAUGAUGAAAUCUCUAUUGCGUGGAAAUAAAGCCUGCCUCUGGUCCCUGAAUGUGUCCGCGGAGUGAGCGCUCUUCGCCUCCGCGCUGCUGCCGUUGACGAUCUUCGGCGCGCGUCAAACUGGUCCGGUCGCUGGCGAACAUGUCUGCGGGCUCAGGCGGCUGUGGACCCGGCCCCGGAGUCGGGUCCGGAGGCUCCAACCCCCGAAAGUUCAGCGAGAAGAUCGCCCUCCACACGCAGCGCCAGGCCGAGGAGACGGCCGCCUUCCAGGAGGUCAUGAUGGACAUCACGUCGACGCGGCUUCAGGCCCAGAAGCUCCGCCUAGCCCGGAAUCAAGGGCCGUACUACGGAGGAUCCCUGCCCAACGUCAACCAGAUCGGCCGAGUCCCGCAGGACCCGCAGGCCUCCUUCACGUCCAAUCUGGAGUCCAGUCGCUCCACACGUCAUCACGGCCUGGUGGAAAGGGUCCAGAGGGACCGUCGCUUCAUGUCGCCAGUUCGGCCGUACCGUAACCGCCAACCUCAGGUGGACAGCACUUCAUAUAACUCCGCCUACUUGUCCCCGCCCCCCGACCCGAGUUGGAGAAGGAAUUGGUCCGGAAUCUUCCCGGGGGACAAAAGCCAGUUGUUCCGUCUCCCCACCACUGCACUCAACAGGACCAACUCUGACUCCGCCCUCCACACCAGCGUCAUGAACCCACUCUCGGGGGAUCCCUUUGCCACUGGAGACUCCGCUCUCACGUCCCAUGGAGGCCGGCGCAACGUCUUUCCUUAUCCCGUGCCCCCCAUCGAGGAGAACGUUCUCGAUGACAACAAGCUCCUCAAAGCCUGGGACGCUAAAAAGUUUCCUCUGCCGAGCUCAAGACCAAAGUCAUGUGAGGUUCCCAACAUCAAUGUCUUCAUGUCGCCAGAGCAACAGUCUGCCCCUGCCCACAACAUCCCCUCAGUUCUCAACACGGGCGGCUCCCUGCCCGACUUAUCCAGCCUGCACUUCCCCUCGCCGCUGCCCACGCCGCUGGACCACGACGAGCCCGCCUACCCGGGCUCCCUGAGCGGGGGCAGCAGCACGGGCAACCUGGCAUCCACGCUGACACAGCUGGGCAUCAACGCCAGCAACGCGGCCAGAGACCACCGCACCUUCCACCACCACGCACCGGGGCUGCUGGCUUCGCUACACAGCACGCUCAGUAACCCCUCCUUGCAGUCGUCGCUGAGCAACCCAAACAUCCAGUCGUCACUCAGCAGCCACUCUUUCACCAACUCCCUAAGCUCCGCCUCCUUGCACUCGUCGCUCAGCAACCCUUCGUUGCAGUCGUCCCUCGGUUCCUCCCCCUCCCUCCCCUCAUCCCUCAGCAGCCAAUCGCUGCACUCGUCCCACAGUAGCUCUUCCCUCCAGUCGGCCUCGAGCGGUAACCCUGGCUACGGCGGCUCCGCAUCUUAUGCGCCGUGUCUCAGCACGUCGCCACGGCGACGAGCCCAUCUCUCGCCCCUCAUCCUGCCCAUGGGAGGGGAGACCCGGCGCCAUCUCACCAAGCAGUUCUCCCCCACCAUCUCCCCCACUUUGUCCUCCAUCACGCAGGGCAUUGCUCUAGACACCAGCAAGCUACCUUUGGACCAGCGCUUACCUCCGUACCCUUUCAGUCAGCACCAGACCACCUCCCAGACCCCUCAGCAGCCUCCUGGGCUGACUCCGCAUCAAACGCAACAACAGAUGCUCCGCAUGCAGCAGCCGCGGUCGAACUCGCAACCACCGCAGAAUCUGCCCAACGCUCAGCACUUUGCAGCAGCGCAGCGUCAGGGCAGCUCGCAGGCCAACCAGCUCAUCCCAAAAAAUAAAAGUGCCUUGGACCAGUACCUCCACAGCUCCUUGACCUCCCAGUGUCAUGGGAAACAGGAGGCAGAGCUACAGAGGAGCGGCAACCUCCCCCAGCUGCAACAGAUGAGCCACAACUUGUCCUCGGAGCUCUACAACGAUGCCUUGCUCAACUCCCUGCUGGACGACUCGUACCUGAGCAUGCAGUUCUGCGCCAAGUCCAACCAGCAGCUCACCAGUGACAUGCAUGGCGACAUCCUGUCUUUGACCCAUGGCGGGCUGGGUGGCGACCGCUCAGACAUGCAGGUGAUGCCGGAGUCUGUGGAGCAAAUGCUCCUCAACAACCAGAACUGCGGCGGGGGCGAUGCCCGGCAAAACGUGCCCAAUAUCAUUCUCACAGGCGACUCGCCGCCGGGUCUGUCCAAAGAGAUCGCCAACGCUUUGUCGCACGUCCCCGGCUUUGAGAUGGACCCCUUUUCCCUGGACGACCCGCUCAGGAUAGACCCGCUGGCUCUGGACAUGCUGGAGGGCGACCUGAUGCUGGCCGACCCCGCCGUGGAGGACUCCUUCCGCUCGGACAGACUCAAGUGAAGCGACCCCUCCCCCAACCCCCACCCCACUCCCACGCAGCAGCUCGGUGGAAUCGGCGAGUGGGCGCCGGCCCGAGAGCGGAGAAAGACGGGACGUCGGGUCACAAGUGGAAGGACCACAGAGUGACUGGCGGCCAGGGGGGGCGGGGCUUGUGUUUUUCAGGCAUCGGCUUGUGCGAGAGUCCAAGCGUGCGGGAAACAAGCGGCGCCACCUUUCUGUGGAAAGCAGCAACGUCGCGCGAUCAGCCUUGAUGAUGCCCACCUUCAGGUCAGAACUGUUUCAGCAGGAAGUCAGCCAUCGACGACAGGAAGUCGCUUAUCCCCUGCCACGCCAAAACAUGCCUCCUCUUGUCGCUAUGCAAACCUCAGGAGGGAUCCAACACGCCUGUGGCAUUUUUUUCGCCACCAGAGGGCGCAGUUAGCAUUAUAAAUGCGUGGAUCACAUGACCCGCUGGCUUAAAACUUUGCAAGGCUUUUUAGCAGGAAAAUUUGAUGUUUUUUUGUUUUUUUGUAAAAUUUGAACUAAAACUAAACCGAAGGAACAAACUAACCCCGAUGUGACCUCUGCACUUUGAUCCACGAAUAACGAGAAUGUACGGCAAAGUACUCACUGUGAUUGGCAGCAUGUAGCUCCACCCUCGGCGUGCCUCGGCAAGGCUACCUGAAGUGCGACGCACGCCGGCGUGCACGUACACAGGAAACUCUUCUCUCUUUUUUUGUGAUCACAUUUUCCCCCCGCACUUCCUGAAAACAGCAACGCUCAUUAGCACUAGUUCAUUGCUGUUUGGAAAGAACAAAAUCCCACGCUGUGUCUCAAAUGGAAUACUUGCAUCAGUAAAAGACCGAAUUGCCAUUUUUAGAUUUUAUUCCACAAUGAUGAGCGAGGGAAGCCACGUUACUUUUAGACUGUCAACCAACAUAUUCUCGUCACAAGGUGCCACACAUUAAGAACGAUAUGCAAUAAUCUACUUUCUAAAAUAUUUGGGCGUACGUUUACAACACCCAUGUUUGUUUACUUGUGCAGCAGGUAUAUUUCACUAAACUGUUUUGGGAGCAACAUUUCUAGAAAUCUAAGUGCCGGGAGGCCGGUAUACUCGCUGAAACUAUCAGUUUUAUUUUACAUACCGUAUUUCCUUGAAUUUCCGCCGGGGCGCUAAUUAAUUUAAAACCUCUUCUCACUCCUGCGCUUACCAAAGGCAUGCGGUAAAAGUAAGCAUGCGCUAAUUAUUUUAAAACCUCCUCACCCCGGCACUUACCAAAGAAAGGUAUGCAGUAAAAAUUUGAGUGUGAUGUAAGCUUGGACCUUAAAUCCUACUGAAUAGCUCUUAAUCUUCUUCCUUUCAUGCGAUUUCAAAUUACCAGUAUUGAAAUCAGCCUCCUCCAUUUUGAAAAUGAUGACAGGGGAAUUCAAGUGUCACUCGUGACGUCACGAGUUUGACCAGGCGGUAAUUCAAGGCAGGCGCAUACUAUAUGGAAAUACAGUAUUCUGUAGAACUUCUACAGUAGACAUUCAUUGUUGUGGUAUUUCUUUUUUCAGAGUUAAAGGAGCGCUAAUAAAAAGCUAGUUAAAGAUCAUCUCAAUGACAGCAAAUACCAAUGAUCCCAUCAACAUUUUGAGAAGAUCGGAGCAUAACAGCUAGCUUGUCAGGUACAAAGUUAUGUGCCUUCUAGAGUUUAUGGUUUCAAAAUUGUGUAAAAAAAAAUUAGCAUGUUAAUGUUAGCAUGCUAGCAUGUGUCAAGUACCAAGGUAUAUGACUGAGGUGUAGGGCUGCAAAAUUGGUUACAAAAGUUAGCAUGUGUCAAGUAGAAAGUUAUAACUGAGGUGUGUGGCUGCAAAAUUAGCUCAAAAAGUUAGCAUGCUAGCAACUAGCAUGUGUCAAGUACCAAGUUAUAUGACUGAGGAGUAGGGCUGCAAAAUUGGUUUAAAAAUUAGCAUGUGUCAGGAAACAAGUUAUAUGAUUGAGGUGUAUGGCUACAAAAUUAGCUAAAAAAAAAAAAAGUUAGCAUGCUUGCAUAUGUCCAGUACCAUGUUAUAUGACUGAGAUCUAUGGCUGCAAAAUUGUGUUAAAAGGUUGACAUGUGUCAAGUAGAAAGUUAUAACUGAGGUGUGUGGCUGCAAAAUUGGCUCAAAAAGUUAGCACGCUAGCAACUAGCAUGUGUCAAGUACCAAGUUGGAUGACUCUGAGGUACAUGGCUGCAAAAUUGGGUAAAAAAAAAAGUCAGCAUGUUAAUGUUAACAUGCUGGCAUAUGUCAAGUAGCAAGUGAUAUGACUGAGGAGUAGGGCUGCAAAAUUGGUUUAAAAAUUAGCAUGUGUCAGGAACCAAGUUAUAUGAUUGAGGUGUAUGGCUGCAAAAUUAGCUGAAAAAAAAGUUAGCAUGCUUGCAUGUGUCAAGUACCAAGUUGUGACUGAAGUGUAUGGCUACAAAAUUGGCCAAAAAAGUUAGCAUGCUAGCAGAUAGCAUGUGUCAAGUGCCAUGUUAUAAAACUGAUGUGUAUAGCUGCACAAUUGUGUAAAAAAAAAGUUUGCAUGUUCAUGUUAGCAUGCUAGCAAGUGUUAAGUACAAAGUUAUGACUGAGGUGUAUGGCUGCACAAUUGGCUUAAAAAAAAGUUAACAUGCUAGCAGUUAGCCUGUGUCAAGUACCAAAUCAGAUGACUGAGGUGUAGGGCUGCAAAAUUGGCUAGAAAGUUUGCAUGCUAGCAGCUAGCAUGGGGCAAGUGCCAAGUUAUUUGACUAUGAUAUAGAACUGCAAAAUUGGUUUAAAAAAAUGAUCACCCGUCAGCUACCAAAUUAAAUGACUGCGGUGUGUGGCUGCAAAAUUGUGUUAAAAAAAAGUUAGCAUGCUAAAGUUAGCAUGCUAGCAGCUAGCUUAUGACAAGUACCAAGUUGUAUGGCUGCAAUAUUGGCUAGAAAGUUAGCAUGUUAGCAUGCGGAAAGUUAUAUGACAGAUGUAGCGCUGCAAAAUCGGUUUACAAAAAUGUGCAUGUGUCAGGUACCAAAUUAUAUAACUGAGGUGUAUGGCUGCAAAAUUGUGUUAAAAACAAAAUAAAUAAAUAAAAUAAGUUAGCAUGAUAGCAGAUAGCAUGUGUCAAUUACCAAGUUAUGACUGAGAUGGAUGGCUGCACAUUUAGCCAAAAGAGUUAGCAUGUAUGUCUCAAGUAUCAAGUUAUGAUUGAGGUGUAAGUCUACAAAAUUUGCGGAAAUAGUCAAAAUGCUAACAUUAGCAUUGUAGCAGCUAGCAUGUGUUAAGUAAAUUAUAUGACUGUGGUGUAGGGCUGCAAAAUUUUUUAUAAAAAAAAAGUUGGUAUGAUAGCAUGUGUCAUGUACCACGUUAUAUGACUGAGGUGUAUGGCUGCAAAAUUGGCAAAAAAAAAAGUUAGCAGCUGUCUAGUACCAAGUUAUGACUUAGAAAAUUGGCUAAAAAUCAGUUUUUAUGACUUUGUUGUAAAAUUGCUGUAAAAUAAUUUUUUUUGGACUGAAUUACCAAGACACAAGUUGACUCGCCCAAAUUAUGAAAAAGAGAGGACCUAAAAUGGUACCUUGAGGAACAUCACAAGAACUUUGACCAAUAGAACAAAUGACGUAAUCAGGUUACAAUAACACGUUAGUUACAUAAACCACAUUUAGAAAAGUAACUUUCAAAAAAGAGAGGACCUAAAAGGGUGCACUUUAGUUACAUAAACCACAUUUUGAAAAGUAACUUUCGAAAAAGAGAGGACCUAAAGGGCUGCACUUUAGUUACAUAAACCACAUUUAGAAAAGUAACUUUCGAAAAAGAGAGGACCUAAAGGGGUGCACUUUAUUUACAUAAACCACAUUUAGAAAAGUAACUUUCGAAAAAAAGGACCUAAAGGGGUGCUCUGAGGAACGCCUCAGUUAUGUAAAUCCCAAGUUUUUUCCAUGCUAACUAGCAGAGUAAAAAUGUCGAUGCAAGGAUCUUUGAAUGUGUUUACAGUGGUCCAAUUUAUUUUCUACCACAGGAGCACAUUUUUUAAGAAUAUACUGCAAAAAUGUUUGUCUCCCAAGUUUUGAACUGAACCAUGGUGUCAUUCUCAGGCCGGAUUUGGCCCUUGGGCCGCGAGUUGAAUAACCCUGCUGUACAGUAAUACAACACAAUGGUGUUUUCUUAUUUGCACACUGACUGUUUCCUGUAAGCACGUUUGAUUGGAAAGUUAACACGCAAAAAAAACCCCUUGGCCUCUUGCGAUUGAUAAUUGCAGUAGUUAAAACCUUGAUGUCAUGACUACUGCGGCAUCAUUACUUCCCCUUUGUGGUGGAAAAUUACAACUUGUAACUUCCUCACACAUGCUUUCAUUUUUCUGAAAUUGUUGACAUGCUAACAGUUCACAUGUAUAAUUUACCAAGUUGUAUGACUGAGGUGUUAGGCUGCAAAAUAGGCUAAGGGGUUAGCAUGCUAAUACUAACAUAUUUCAACUACCAAGUUAUAUGACUCUGAGGUGUGGGGCUGUAAAAUUGGCGAAAAAGUUGGCAUGUGUCAAGCACCAAGUAUUUUGACUCUUAAGGUAUAGGCUGAAAAAUUGGCUAAAAGUUUAGCAUGCUAUGCUAGUAUAUUUCAACUACCAAAUUAUACGACUGAGGUGUGAGGCUGCAAAAUUGGCUAAAAAAGUCGGCAUGUGUCAAGUACCAAGUAUUUUGACUCUUAAGGUAUAGGCUGAAAAAUUGGCUAAAAGUUUAGCAUGUUAAUGCUAGCAUAUUUCAACUACUAAGUAUUUUGACUCUUAAAGUGUAUGCUGAAAAAUUGGCUAAAGAUAUAUAUAGCAUGGUAAUAGUAAUAUUAUGUCGACGACCAAGUUUAAUUACUCAGGUGUAUGGCUGCAAAAUUGGCUAAAAAGUUAGCAUGCUGCAGCUAGCACGUUUCAACUACCAAGUUAUACGACUGAGGUGUGGGACUCCAGAAUUGGCUAAAAAAGUCGGCAUCUGUCAAGCACCAAGUAUUUUGACUCUUAAGGUAUAGGCUGAAAAAUUGGCUAAAGGUUUAGCAUGCUAAUGCUAGCAUAUUUCAACUACCAAGUAUUUUGACUCUUAAGGUGUAGGCUGAAAGAUUGGCUAAAAGAUAUAGCAUGUAAUAUUAACAUGCAAGCAGCUAGCAUAUUUCGACGACCAAGUUUAAUUACUCAGGUGUACGGCUGCAAAAUUGGCUAAAAAGUUAGCAUGCUGCAGCUAGCACGUUUCAACUACCAAGUUAUAUGACUCGGAGGUGUGGGGCUGCAAAAUUGGCGAAAAAGUUGGCAUGUGUCAAGCACCAAGUAUUUUGAGUCUUAUGUUACAGGCUGAAAUUGGCUAAAACUUUACCAUGCUAAUGCUAGCAUAUUUCAACUACCAAGUUAUUCGACUGAGGUGUGGGGCUGCAAAAUUGGCUAGAAAAGUCGGCAUGUGUCAAGUACCAAGUAUUUCGACUCUUAAGGUAUAGGCUGAAAAAUUGGCUAAAGGUUUAGCAUGUUAAUGCUAGCAUAUUUCAACUACUAAGUAUUUUGACUCUUAAGGUGUAGGCUGAAAAAUUGGCUAAAGAUAUAGCAUGCUAAUAUUAACAUGCAAGCAGCUACCAUAUGUCGACGACCAAGUUUAAUUACUCAGGUGUACGGCUGCAAAAUUGGCUAAAAAGUUAGCAUGCUGCAGCUAGCACGUUUCAACUACCAAGUUAUCCGACUGAGGUGUGGGACUGCAGAAUUGGCUAAAAAAGUCGGCAUGUGUCAAGUACCAAGUAUUUUGACUCUUAAGGUAUAGGCUGAAAAAUUGGCUAAAGGUUUAGCAUGCUAAUGCUAGCAUAUUUCAACUACCAAGUAUUUUGACUCGUAAGGUGUAGGCUGAAAGAUUGGCUAAAGGUUUAGCAUGCUAAUGCUAGCAUAUUUCAACUACCAAGUAUUUUGACUCGUAAGGUGUAGGCUGAAAGAUUGGCUAAAAGAUAUAGCAUGCUAAUAUUAACAUGCAAGCAGCUAGCAUAUUUCGACGACCAAGUUUAAUUACUCAGGUGUACGGCUGCAAAAUUGGUUAAAAAGUUAGCAUGCUGCAGCUAGCACGUUUCAACUACCAAGUUAUACGACUCAGAGGUGUGGGGCUGCAAAAUUGGCAUGUGUCAAGCACCAAGUAUUUUGAGUCUUAUGUUACAGGCUGAAAUUGGCUAAAACUUUACCAUGCUAAUGCUAUCAUAUUUCAACUACCAAGUUAUUCGACUGAGGUGUGGGGCUGCAAAAUUGGCUAAAGAAGUCGGCAUGUGUCAAGUACCAAGUAUUUCGACUCUUAAGGUAUAGGCUAAAAAAUUGGCUAAAGGUUUAGCAUGCUAAUGCUAGCAUAUUUAAACUAAGUAUUUUGACUUAAGGUGUCGGCUGAAAAAUUGGCAAAAAGAGAUAGCAUUCUAAUCUUAACAUGCUAGCAGCUAAGGUAUAGGCUGAAAAAUUGGCUAAAGGUUUAGCAUGCUAAUGCUAGCAUAUUUAAACUACUUAGUAUUUUGACUCUUAAGGUGUAGGCUGAAAAAUUGGCUAAAAGAGAUAGCAUUCUAAUCUUAACAUGCUAGCAGCUAGCAUAUAUUGACGACCAAGUUUAAUGACUCAGGUGUACGGCUGCAAAAUUGGCUAAAAAGUUAGCAUCCUGGCAGCUAGCAUGUUUCAACUACCAAGUUAUAUGACUGAGGUGUGGGGCUGCAAAAUUGGCGAAAAAAGUUGACAUGUGUCAAGCACCAAGUAUAUUAACUUUUGUGGUAUAGGUUGAAAAAUUGGCUAAACGUUUAGCAUGCUAAUGCUAGCAUAUUUCAACUACCAAGUAUUUUGACUCUUAAGGUGUAGGGUAAAAAAUUGGCUAAAAGAGAUAGCAUGCCAAUAUUAACAUGCUAGCAGCUAGCCUAUGUCGACGACCAAGUUUAAUGACUCAGGUGUACGGCUGCAAAAUUGGCUAAAAAGUUAGCAUGCUGGCAGCUAGCAUGUUUCAACUACCAAGUUAUAUGACUCUGAGGUGUGGGGCUGCAAAAUUGGCGAAAAAAGUUGGCAUGUGUCAAGCACCAAGUAUUUUGACUCUUAAGGUAUAGGCUGAAAAAUUGGCUAACGGUUUAGCAUGCAAAUGAUAGCAUAUUUCAACUACCAAGUAUUUUGACUUUUAAGGUGUAGGCUGAAAAAUUGGCUAAAAGAGAUAGCAUGCUAAUAUUAACAUUCUAGCAGCUAGCAUAUGUCGACGACCAAAUUUAAUGACUCAGGUGUACGGCUGCAAAAUUGGCUAAAAAGUUAGCAUGCUGCAGCUAGCACGUUUCAACUAGCAAGUUAUACGACUGGUGUGGGACUGCAGAAUUGGCUAAAAAAGUCGGCAUGUGUCAAGCACCAAGUAUUUUGAAUCUUAAGGUAUAGGCUGAAAAAUUGGCUAAAGGUUUAGCAUGCUAAUGCUAGCAUAUUUCAACUACCAAGUAUUUUGACUCUUAAGGUGUAGGCUGAAAGAUUGGCUAAAAGAUAUAGCAUGCUAAUAUUAACAUGCAAGCAGCUAGCAUAUUUCAACGACCAAAUUUAACUAUUCAGGUGUACGGCUGCAAAAUUGGCUAAAAAGUUAGCAUGCUGCAGCUAGCACGUUUCAACUACCAAGUUAUAUGACUCGGAGGUGUGGGGCUGCAAAAUUGGCGAAAAAGUUGGCAUGUGUCAAGUACCAAGUAUUUUGAGUCUUAUGGUACAGGCUGAAAUUGGCUAAAACUUUAGCAUGCUAAUGCUAGCAUAUUUCAACUACCAAGUAUUUUGACUUUUAAGGUGUAGGUCGAAAAAUUGGCUAAAAGAGAUAGCAUGCUAAUGUUAACAUUCUAGCAGCUAGCAUAUGUCGACGUCCAAAUUUAAUGACUCAGGUGUACGGCUGCAAAAUUGGCUAAAAAGUUAGCAUGCUGGCAGCUAGCAUGUGUCAAGUACCAAGUUAUAUGACGGUUGGAAAAUUGACCAAAAAAAAUUAGCAUGCUAAUGUUAGCAGCUAGUAUGUGUCCAGUGCCAAGUUGUGACUUUGAGGUGAACAGAUGUAAAAUUGUCAAAAAAAAGUUAGCACGCCAAUGUUAGCAGCUAGCACGUCUCAAGUACCAAGUUAUAUGACUGAGGUGUAGUCAUAACUUCCUUACGUAUGUUUUAAUUUUUUUUUUUUUUUGUCGCGCUAACAGUUAACGCGUGCCAAGUAAUGUCGCUGAGGAGUUCGACUGAAAAAUGUUCCCACGUAAAAGUUAGCACGUUCAUUUUAACAUGUUAACGUUAGCAUGCAAGCUAAUGUUAAUGAUAAGCGCGUGUAAAGUACUAAGUUGCAAAACCGAAGUGUACGGCUGUAAAAAAAAUUUAGUAUGCCAACAUUAGCAUGUUAACAGCUAGCAUAUGCCAAUGUUCCCAAUCCCUCGACCCACCAUCAAACAUUUUGUGAAGAUCGGAGCAUAUGGAAGGAAUUUAUGAUUGUUAUAAUUUUUCACCACAAGGGGGCAAAGUUGUCGAAAUUAACGUUUAGGCAUGACCAGACACCUGAAAGUCUCACAUCAGUUUGGAAGAAGAGCCGAUCGUCUAAAGCAGGAGUGCCCAAACCUUUUGCCUCCUAGGGCUAAAGUGCGAAAGCAAAUUUUUAAACAGCCUGCCUCACAAUCGUUAGCAUUUUAGGAUUAGCAUGAAAGAUGUUUUUUAGUUUAUUUUGUAGGUUUACAGACAGCUCAAUAAUAUUUUAAUACCUGAUGCAUGCUAACAUUAGCAUGCUACUGUAGCAUUUUAACACAUUUUUCCGGUACGCAUCAGAGUAAUAUAUUUUAGUACUUAAAACUUGUUAGUUACAAUUUUAACUUGCUAACAUUAGCAUGAUAGCUUCUAUUUUUGAGCUAAUUCGUCAGGUAUUUAGCAGUUUAUAUUGCGGACUGAAAGCAUGUUUUUACUAGCAUAUUAGCAUAAAGUGUGUACAUUUUGUUACUUGCUAACUGUUAGCAUUUCAGUUCGGCCUCGACUCUUUAGCAUUCACACGAAAUUUCGCCCAAAAUUGCAUUUCCUAUUGAAGAAUCCUAAAGACAGUUUGAUGGUUGACGGUCCGUGUACUGGAUUUCACUGUCGCACGAAUGCACUUAUGUAUUCAGAAUUAGCACCAAUUGAGACACAGCUUCACUUAACUUCAGAAACGUUGUGCAAAAAUAGCCAACACCGACUCAGCAGUUAAAGGCCUACUGAGAUGAGAUUUUCUUAUUUAAACGGCGAUAGCAGGUCCAUUCUAUGUGUCAUACUUGAUCAUUUCGCGAUAUUGCCAUAUUUUUGCUGAAAGGAUUUAGUAAAGAACAUCGACGACAAAGUUCGCAACUUUAGGUCGCUCAUAAAAAAGCCUUGCCUGUACUGGAAGUCGCAGACUAUGACGUCACGGGUUGUAGGGCUCCUCACAUCCUCACAUUGUUUAUAAUGUGAGCCUCCAACGAAAAGAGCUAUUCGGACCGAGAAAACGACAAUUUCCCCAUUAAUUUGAGUGAGGAUGAAAGAUUCGUGGAUGAGGAAAUUUAGAGUGAAGGACUAGGGAAAAAAAUUAAAUAAGGUUAAAAAAAAAAGGCGAUUGCAUUGGGAGUGAUUCAGAUGUUUUUAGACACAUUUACGAGGAUAAUUCUGGAAAAUCCCUUAUCUUUCUAUUGUGUUGCUAGUGUUUUAGUGAGUUAAAUAGUACCUGAUUGUCGAAAGGGUGUGUUGACGCCAGUCUCUGAGAGAAGUCACGAAGCUGCAGCAGGACAGAAGCUCCGCUGAUCUCCGGUAAGAGGCGACUUAUUACCACAAUUCUCUCACCGAAACCUGCCGGUUGACAAGUUGUCGGGAUCCAUGUUCGCUUGACCGCUCUGAUCCUUAGUAAAACUUCACCUCCAGGAAUUUUAAACAAGGAAACACCGUGUGUUUGUGUGGCUAAAGGCUAAAAGCUUCCCACCUCCAUCUUUCUACUUUGACUUCUCCAUUAUUAAUUGAACAAAUUGCAAAAGAUUCAGCAACACAGAUGUCCAAAAUACUGUGUAAUUGCGCGAUGAAAAGAGAUGACUUAUAGCCAUAAGUGGUGCUGGGCUAAUAUGUCCCCUCCAACCAAUAACAUCACAAACACGCGUCAUCAUUCCGCGACGUUUUCAACAGGAAACUCCGCGGGAAAUUUAAAAUUGUAAUUUAGUAAACUAAACCGGACUGAGUGGUGGAUAGUAGUGGGUUUCAGUAGGCCUUUAAGUCGAGUUGGCGGAAGGGUGGCCAUGUUGGAUAAAGUCUGAAUAAUUUAGCAACACAUCUCUUGUUAAAUGUUGACUUUCUCUUUAAACACCAAGUGGACGCAUGAUCAAUGACAUUACUGCUUCUAAAAAUGUCAAAAGACUUUGAAAAGCUAUUACCGUAUUUCCUUGAAUUGCCGCCGGAGCGCUAAUUAAUUUAAAACCUCUCCUCACUCCUGCGCUUACCAAAGGCAUGUGGUAAAAGUAAGCAUGCGCCAAUUAUUUUAAAACCUCUUCUCACACCGGCACUUACCAAAGGCAUGCAGUAAAAAUUUGAGUGUGAUGUAAGCUUGGACCUUAAACACUACUGAUUAGCUCUUAAUCUUCUUCCCUUUAUGCGAUUUCAAAUGACCGGUAUUGAAAUCAGCCUCCUCCAUUUUGAAAAUGAUGACAGGGGAAGUGUCACUCGUGACGUCAGGAGUUUGACCAGGCGGUAAUACUAAGCAUGCGCUAAUUAUUUUGGGAAGCGAGUUUGACCCGGCAGUAAUUCAAGGCAGGCACAUACUAUAUGCCCUGCGGCAAUUCAGGGAAAUACGGUAACUAAAACUAACCUUUUUGUAUGCAAUAAAGAAAAUAGAUGGAGUCACAAUGCAGUUCCAGACUCUGCCAGCCGGGGGAGUGCUUAAUGUUAGCGAUGAGCUAAAGGCCAUAUUUCCUAUUUUGUCUUUUUUUUUUUUUUUUUUUACAGAACUUUGCUUGUAAUUCUUUUUAACGCUGUUGCUUUUAGGCUGAAAUUGUUGUUGUAAUUUUAAUACUUUAUAAGCAGGGAAUGUAUGUUGUACAUAAUGUUUGCAAGCAGCCAACAGAGAUUUAUUAAGAAGCUGUAACUUGACGUUAUUUUUCGGGAAAUAAAGCCAAGUGUUUAUAUCAA